AAGGGUAAACAGGAAGUUCUGAAAGGAAACUUAUGUGGCUGCAGGUGCUUGAAGUAGAAAAACAGCAGAAACAGAAACUUUUGGACACACAGAAUGGACACACUGGAGAACCUGGUGAAGAUGAAGCUGCCUCUCUUCAUCAUGAUGGUCGCCACAAACUGUGCAUCCACACCAGACGGUUCUGGGCUGAAUCUGAAUGGGAAGAUGUUCACUUUGUCUGGUUAUGCUGGACUACGUCUCUUUUCACCCUAUAUGCCUCCCCCCUGGUUCUCUACUACACCACACACCACCACCCGUCCUUACACCACCAACACCCGUCCCUACACCACCAACACCCGUCCCUACACCACCAACACCCGUCCCUACACCACCAACACCCGUCCCCACAUCACCACCCAUCCCUACACUCCAUGGACCACAGCUCCAACCACUAGAGGUGUGUCCGUGUGUCUGCGGUACAUCUCUGACUUUGAUAGAUUCUCUUACUUCACCCUGAGUCCAUCCAGCAGCUCCCUGAGGCUGUACUCUGAUGGACAGGGCUUUACUCUGACGUUCAACGGCUACAACAACAUCAAUCUGUAUCCCCGCAUCCGGCUCUGGUCAGACUCAAGACAGAACAUGUGGACGAGCAUCUGCUUCACCGUGGAUACCGUGAAGAAAGUGGCUCAAAUGUUCAGAAACUCUGACAUGAGCCCCAGGAAGCUGCUGCCUACUCAGUAUACAUGGUCAGGUGAACCUGUGAUUGAUUUCUCAGAUUUUGAAGGUCAGGUGACCGACGUCCAGGUGUGGGAUUAUCCUCUUCGUUAUAAAGAAGUCCUGUACUACACAAGCGCUGGUUUCUAUGGGCCAUACCAGGGAUCUGUGCUGAACUGGUCCUACAUCAGCUUCUCCAUCAGGGGAGGCACGCUGCUGGAGGAAACCUUCGAGCAGCAGAUGAAGCUUCCAGCUGGCGGUGGGAAGCCCAGACGCCGCCUGAGAAGGGACAAGAGCAAAGAAGCAAGGAGACAGCUGAGUUGAUAACAAAUGAGAAAAAAUCAUUAAUGAAAAUAUUCAAAUGUAUUUCAUCAAUAUAAUUACAAGAAAUACUAAUUAAUCUAAUCCUCAGAUUUGUGCUUAACCACAUGGAUGUUUUAGAAACCAUUUAAUGUGUUUUUAAUCUUUAUGCAUGUUUUAAAAGUUUUACCUGUCUGUUAGUCUUCUCAAUAAAAUGCCAGCCUACAA